GGCUUCGGAGGACUUGUGUAAGUUGUUUCAAGCUGCGUCUCCUUUUACCCACAGCCUUUCAGUUUCACUCCCUGAUCAGUGAUAAUCAUUAUCUAGCAUCAUGCCCCCUCCAACACCAAGAUUAUUUGUUAUUCGACAUGGUGAAACAGAAUGGUCCUUGAAUGGACGGCACACUGGAACAAGUGACAUUCCUCUGACAGCCCGUGGAGAGGAGCAAAUCAAGUCUAAAGCGCAUAUCUUGGUCGGCGAAGGCAAACCCAUCGAUCCACAAAAUCUCUGUGUCGCCCUUGUAUCUCCCCGUCAGCGAGCCCACAGAACAUUUCACUUGUUAUUCGAACAUUUGCCCAAGAUCCCGGAUCAUAUCAUCGAUGUAUCCGUUAGAGAGUGGGACUACGGGAAGUACGAAGGCUUGUUUAAGCAUGAAAUCCUUGCCAUAGACCCCAAAUGGGACAUCUGGAGAGAUGGCUGUCCCGGAGGCGAGAGUGCUCAGGAGAUGUGCGCCCGCGUUGAUAGUGUGAUCGCCAAGGUUCGAGAGUACCAUAGACAAUACUUUGAAGAGGGCAAAGGAACGCGCGACGUAUUAAUUGUUGCUCAUGGCCACUUCAAUCGUGUCCUCAUUUCUCGAUGGAUAAGAUUCGAACUCGCGUUAGGAACUCGUUUCAACGUGGAACCUGGAGGAGUUUCUGUCCUGAGCUAUAAUCAUAAUUCCCUCGAUGAACCAGCUUUGAAUGCCCUGAAUUUGUAUGCUGACCUCAAAUAGUCUGUUGUAUUCUCCAGAUGUAGAUCUUGUCCAGGCUUUGAAAUUAUGUGAAUUAUCGGUUUCGCCAUAGUCCUCCCCCUAGCCUUGCCCUAGCCCACCAAUAAAAUACAUUUGGUCAGUUC